CCAUUUUGAGCGGACGGCGCAACGAGUUUUGGACAGAAAUGCAGUGACGAUUGCCGCAGUAGCACCACAGCAGAGCAGCAGCAACAGCCGAAGGAAAAACAACAGGACAGAUAGUGUUAGAAGUUGCGGCAGCAGCAGUACAACACUGCAUUAGUAGCUGCGGCAGCAGAAAGCAUUAUAAGCAGCAGCAGCAGCAGCAGCAGCAGCAGCAGUCAUGGUUCUCGAGCUCGACCAGUACUCUGACGGGAAGGCGGCGCGUCUGUGGAAUCUGUACAUCGGAGAUCAGUCGGAGCGCACCAGACACUACAAGCAGUUUCUGAAGAGGGAGCUGAACGCCCACAGCUGCGACACCGUGCUCGAUGUCGCCUGCGGCACCGGGAUCGAUUCUGUUAUGCUGAUCGAGGAGGGAUUCAGCGUUACCUCGUGCGACUUUUCCGACAAAAUGCUCAAAUGCGCCUGGAACACCCGCUGGAACCGACGCAAAGAGCCCGCAUUCGACAACUGGGACAUCUACGAGGCCAACUGGCUGACGCUGACCAGUGACCUAGACACGGACAGACAAUACGACGCCGUCAUCUGUCUGGGAAACUCGUUCGCCCACCUGCCCGACCUCACCGGCAAUCAGGAUAGUCACCGACUCGCCCUGCGGAACUUUGCCACUAUGGUGAAGCCCGGUGGAAUUCUUCUGAUCGACCAUCGGAACUACGACUACAUCCUCGACAACGGUCGGGCUCCGAGCAAGAACAUCUACUACAAUAGUCAGUACGUGUCCGACAUCAACACGUCGGUGGUGUACCAGGACGGGUCUCCCUCCAAGGUGAUCCUCGACUACGUCAUGCGCGAUCCCACCGCGUCCACCGACAGCACCCUCUGGCUGGACAACCAGCCGCCGCCAGCGCCGAGCAGAACGGCCAUCUCCACCAACCAGAAGGACAACGAGUUCACGUUGACCUACUACCCGCACCGGGUGGCCAGUUUCCGCGCUCUGCUGGAGGAGGCGUUUGACCACCGCGCCACCGUCACCACCCUGGGCGACUUCCAGCCUCUGGAGCAGGUCCAGGACCCGGCCUUCUACAUACAUGUCGUGCACAAGUCGGAGGACAGCCCGCAGCCGAACGGCGACCAUCCGGAGGAAGCCUGGUCGUCGGUAUCUAGCUCCGAGGAGUAGCUGAUACAGUGUCCCAGACGACUUUAGAAUCAUAAGAGACCACGGGCACCAGAGGACGGGUCGAUCUCCAGAGGAGUGGUCGUAAUUAUUUUAUGUAUAUAGAUGUGGUGUUAUUUUGUGCGUGAGAUACUACUGUAUCAGUGGAUAUACGCGUAUGUAAUUAUUUGUAGCAAAGGUCCAGCUCUAGGACCCAUUCCUUCACAUUCCUCGAUAGGGAGUCAGACUCGACGGGCUAGGAUAUUGGGAAAGGUCUGGCUGUGUCAGAUUUUCUGUUAGGGACUGAUGCAUCGAUUGACUUUCAUUACUAUGAGUAUGGUGGCAGUAACUUUUCUGGUGAUGUGAAUCGCACUAUCUCACUUUGAACAUGCGCUGUCUUGUGUGAUUGGAGUGGUCUCCCGUAUUGUUCAGUUGUGCCUGUGGACGUGAUAUUUCUUCUCCCGGAGAUCGGGAAAUGGGUUUAUUGUUGAUAUUUAUAACUAAUGAGUACACUUUGUAUAUUUAUUAUGUGUGUAAAUAGAUCACCAAGAUCG